AUGAUCGACAGCGCGCACCCCAGCAUCUCCAGCCGCAAUGAUGUUGAGCGCGACAACAACGACGACGACGACACCCCAACCUUCCAGCCCACCACUAAGCCACACAUCCGCGAGAAGAUCACGCGCUGCUUCCGCGAAGCGCGGAGGAUGAUUCGAGAGUAUGAGCCGCCGCUGCAACCGCGGGUGCAGGGUGAAUUAGGAGGGGUGAAGGUCAAACUGUUGCGUGCUAGAGAGGGCCGGAGGAGGCGCGGGAUGCAGACGGGGCUGACGACGGAUGAUGGGAUGAUGGGUUGGGGCAGGUCAGGUGUGGUCGGUGAGGAGGAUGUUGUUGAGAUCGCGGGGAGCCAUUUCAAGGUUUUUGAGGAUGGGAAUCGUGACGAAGGCGCUGAAGGAGAGCUGUGA